UUGCAUAGGGCGCGCCGCGGCGUUGAUGGAUAGAGAUAAGUCGUCUUACCGCCCAAUAAAUUGUCAUUUGAGGAUGCAACAUUCACAGUGCACCAGUGAAAUAGCAGUUUAAUGGUGAAGUCAUGAUGUGAAGCGUUUGCCGCUUUUAUAAAUACCCAUGGACUGAACUAAAACUGAAGCUGUUAGUUACCGGUUGAGGUCACAACACUCACACGGUCUCGGUUCACGGUUGUUUGUCGUGAAUCAAAUCAGAGGAAUAAACUCAAGAAAUGAGAUGGCUGUGGGAGAAGCAUGGACGUUCACUUCCAACCUACAGAAUGAUCAUGUUUCUCUUUUACUUUUUAAUCCUGAAGAUAAGACAUAUUUGUUCAAGAACAUGCAAGAGAGGGAGGUGCCGCACGGAACCUUCCUUCCGGGUGGGCCAACCACCGUAGCAUUGAAUACAUGGAACAAGGUCAUGCAAAGCAAACUUAGCGAGGUUGCUGGUUCCUGUGAUAUAAGUCCACAUCUACUGAAAAUUCAGAGGUUCUUCAUCCCAUGCUUGUCCAGAGCUAUCAGCCAUGUCAUCUUCUACAUGCCAAUCAAUGCCAAGAUCAAAAACAGAACAAAGGCCAAGCCCGGCCUACGGUGGCUGACGGCCGCGCAGGCCCGCGCCUCGGUCACCGAGGGCCAGCUGAUGGCCAGUCCCGAGGUGCUGGACUACAUCCAGCUGGCCGAGGCGCGGCAGACGGGUGCCAGCGAUGCCGCCGCCGGAGGCUCUGGAGACGUCGCCUUGGACGAGAAGGGCGGCAGCUACAUCUACGUCCUGCCGGAGGACAGGGCGGUGAAGCUGCCGCAUGAGGCGCUGCUGGAGGCUGCCCAGCUCCUGAAACUCGAGCAAGGUCUGCUGUACGAAGAGUUUGUCCGCCGCUGCUUCCCGUGCCUGUUCAUGAACUUCUCUCGGUUCUCGGACCUGGUGCAGAGUCUGGGCUGGGAGCAGGCGACGCACAAGGACCUGUUCAGGAGUCUGGACUCUCAGAGCCGCGGCGCUCUGACCUACCGUGACUUGCUGUUCGGCCUGGCGGCGCUGGAGCCGUGUACCCAGCACGGCGGCCCGCCGGCAGAGAUACGCUGCCGCUACAUCUUCCGUUACUACGACAAGGAUAACGACGGCCGGCUGGAGUUUUCCGAGUUCCGGCAGAUCGUCAGCGACAUCCGCCGCUUCAAGGGCCAGAGCGUGAACAAGGAGGAGCUGAUGCUGGUCACCGAGCAGAGUGCCAAGGUGUUUGGCGCCGAGUCGAGCGAGUAUCUGACGCUGACCGAGUUUCUGACGGGAGUCGGCCAGCUGAAGUUCCGAGGUACCUCGCUGCUGCUGCGGUCGCCCCAGUCGGUCAGCGCCUUCCUCAAACAGCGUCAGAGCGCUGCGGACCGGCCCGGCUCUCCGGCCGGCGGACGGGUCUCCCCCCGUCCGUCCGUCAUGUUUGACCGGUCACCGCUUCACGUCACAGACGGACCCGAGAAACUCGAGGAAGUCUCGGCGGACGGCCCGUUCUUCAGUCCGUCGGCCGGCUCCGAGGGAACAGAGUACGAGCUGGCCACGCACUCUGUCCGGGUCCGGCGCACCGGGACGCUGCUGGACAUCAACGCCCUCUGGGACAUGGAAGAUCCGUGGUUCGAGAGCUUGUCGCUGGGAAGUGUGAGAACGAAGAACGACUCGUCCACCAUCUCAGCGUCUGCCCGGCUCAACAAACGCUCUCGCUGGGAGCGCAUCUCGUCUGUGGACAGCUUCAACCAGAAGUCUCAGCCCAACGAGAUGCUGAACGGGCUGCGGUACUUCGAGCGUCCCGUGAGGACCGACCAAGCCGCCGGAAAACACGCCGCCAAGGAGCCCUUCCACUGGGGAAACGUGGACCGGUCGGUGCUGGCCAAGUGUCUGCUGCAGAUCUGCCAUCUGGUCAGGGACAUCCUGGUGCAGGAGCCGCGACUGCUGCAGCUCAAGUCGCCCUGCUACAUACUCGGUGACAUCCACGGCAACUUCGAGGAUCUGGUGUGCUUCGAGAAGUCGCUGUGGCGCCUGGGGCCGCUGCUCACGCCCGCCAGCUUCCUGUUCCUGGGGGACUACGUGGACCGAGGCGCCCACGGCGUCGAGGUAGUGGCUUACCUGUUCUCGCAGAAGCUACUCUGCCCCAACAAGUUCCACCUGCUGCGGGGAAAUCACGAGGUCCGCGAGAUUCAGCAGACUUUCACCUUUCAAAAGGAGUGUAUCACCAAGUUCGGCAAGAUCACCGGCCCGGAGGUGUGGGAGGCCGUCAACGAGUGUUUCGACGCCAUGCCGCUGGCAGCAGUCAUCGACAACAAGAUAUUCUGCGUGCACGGCGGCAUCCCUCCCCCAACCAUCGACGGCGGGAAGAUAUCGGCCAUCAACCGAAUCCCGUGCCCGCUGCCGCGUCCCGAGACGCAGAGCCCGCUGGCCUGGGAGAUCAUGUGGAACGACCCCAUCAGUAUGGGCGCGGUCAGCUCUGAGACCCUGGACGAGCUGCGGGAAAACGACGGCUUUAUCGACAACUACCGUCGCGGCACCGCACACAUGUUCAGCAGCGAGGGCCUCGACCGGUUCCUGGCCCGCAACGAGCUCUCACACGUGGUGCGAGCGCACGAGGUGCAGCAGGCCGGCUUUCAGCUGCAGCAGAAGGGCCGCCUCCUGACUGUGUUCUCGUCGUCCCGCUACUGUGGCGGCUCGAACGAAGCCGCCUGUGUGCUGGCCGACUGCCACAAACUGCGUACUAUCCGGCUGGACACCGCCUGAGAGCGCCGCGGGUCACUCGGGGUCACCGUCAAGGUCAGACGAGGUCAGAGGUCAGCUGAGGUCACAGGGUCAUAUAGAAGGUCAGCGCAGACUGUUUGACGAUGGGGCAGGUUCGCCAAAGCUGUUGUUGGAGAGUGACAGUGAAGCGGGGCGAAGUGCGGACGCGUACCUGGUGACCCGGGAGGUCGCAGGUCAGCAGAGGUCAGUUGUGAAAGGUCAGAGGUCGGCUGGGUCGAGUGGCCAGCGCUGGCGGACAAUGAUAGCUUGGCAUGGCGUGAUUUGGGACGUGACCAGAAAGAGGACCGGUUGCAGGAAAUGUGAGGAAGGAAAGAGUAGGAGCUAAUUCUGACCCGGCACAUCCACGAGAUGCACCCACGGAUGCUAAAAGGUGAAGUUUUGCGGUGUUGCUCUCUAGCAGGUAUGAUUAAUUUUGUGAUAUCCGCCGUGAAAUAGUUAACUCGACUUAGGAGUGGGUUGGAUUGUGAUCAUGUUGAAUAGUUCGAUAAAUGAGAUAGCAAUAUGAGAAGUUCAAGUUACAGAAUUCACGGUUUUAUGGCGGGAAGGUGGCGUCGCCGCUGAAAGUAAAUUUUGUCGUUUUCUAUUGAAAGAUUCACAUGGUGCCAUGUCGAAACUUCCACAGGGGAUCAGAUGAUUGUUGGUGAAUGUUGGCCUUUAGGAUAUUCCGCUGCUCAUUAACAAACCUGAAAAGGCCUUACUGUCAAACUUGUAAUGCUGUAUUUAAUCGUAAAUCGCCAAGAGCUUUAACAUGGAUCUUUCGAUGAUCGUGGGUCGACCGAGGCUUUGCUAAGCAGUCCUGAAUGGGCUCAUUGUUUUAGGGUGUUGUCCAAAGAUCCGAUGUACCCUAAACGCUCAGCCACCAAUUCCUUCUAACAGGGUAAAGAAACUGCUGUGUUUAGUGCAUCGGUAUUCUGUGUCAUAUGUCUGUGAAUGUAGAAAUCUGCAGUUGCUGACCUGCUGGCCCGCAUAUCGCCUCUUUCACUCGCCAAAGAGUCGAAUGAAGUUCAUUAUCACCGUGAUAUUUCUUGUAACCUUAACCACCUUAGCCAUAUUGAUAGUUCGUGAUGGUCUUCACUUGAGGCAGCGCAUUUCAAACUCUGGGCGUGCCAGCUGCUGGUACGCUGUAUGGAUGCCUGGAAAUUCAGCAUUCAAUAACAGCAGCAGCUACAUCGGUUCAUUGUGUAGUGAGAGUUGUCUGUGUGAAUGAUUUGCUGUCAGUUGGCUGCACUCGUGUAUGAACGGUAUGUUUUAAUCCAUAGUUGCAUCAUUGUUUUUUCCCAGCACACACUUUGUGCUUGUGUGGUGAUGAUAAAUAUCGCCAGACCUGACGGAGUCAGUGAUAAAUAUCGCCAGAUUCGACAAAAUAUGUGGUAAAUAAUGUAAAUAUCUCCAGAUCUGAGCUGACGUGAGCUCCGAUUGUGUCUGUGGACCAUACUGAUAUCCACUGAUUGUGACUGGAACUGAUUACGCUCAUAAAUGUUUUUUAACACCAGCUCACCGGGAUACAAAUUGUCCAUGUUCAACUGACGAGCUUCAAACCAAUGCGUGAUUAAAACCUGUGUGUUCCACUAUGCAUUAGUUAGUGAAAUAGUGUUGUAUUGAAGUGGCACUUGCUGUUCACAUCGCCACAUCAUAAUAUCACGUUUGCCCACCUAACGCGCCCUCACGGGUUCCUUCUGUUCACCCAACCCGUGUGGUCUGUUCUUGUUCUGCUGUUCAGGUGUUCUCGGGGCGGCCUCUGAGCUGCGCGUGAUCGGAUCACGUGAUCACCCCCCCCCCCUCCUUCAUCCCCCCUCGUGUGGCUGUGACCGCAUCGCGCGGCACCAAAUACGGGUGCCAACACUAACUCUGACGUGCGAUUGUUCGAGAAUAUACUCGGAGACAUGCUUUGA